CGGAAAACGAAGCAUUGCUACAGGUCCCAAACCCUUGGCAAUUUUGUACAAGUAGCCUGCAUUUGCCGAGUUAUGCCUUCGCUGGGAGAUGGGGGUAGUGCUGUGCUUUGCGUUGCUCAGGUCACGAACAGCGUCCCCUUCCCGUCCACAUCCAGCUCGCCCUCGCUUCUUUUUAGCGUCGCCCAAACUACCUAAUUUUCUUUGGGCUGCAGCGUGAGUGGCAGUGGCAGUGGCAGAGGGCAUCAUAACCUCCUACCUAAACAUCAUUUCCGAGUCACCACCACCCCGUCAACGCUCCCAUUCACACUCCCUUCUGCCCUGCUACAACUACCAACCACCAACCACCAACACACACACUGCCAUCAUCCUCUACCACCGCCUCGUGGAUUGCCUCGCACGCUUUCAGGAAAAUGAAUGUGCUGCUUCAGCCAACGCAUGCCUUUUCAGAGUUCCCUUCGCACUACGACGCACAUCACCCUAGUAAGCCCCUCCCACAAUAAUUCCCACUCCACCGCCCAAAACUAACAUUCUUUGCUCUUGCCGUAGGCUCCCCUUUGAACGCCGCUCCAAGAAUGGCUACCCGAAAGCGAAAAGCCGACGACGAUGGCUACGAUGAUAGCAUGUCCAUCUCCCCUCAAGCGUCCCCCGCUUUCGCUCAUCGCAGCAUUUCUCGACCCUCGAAGAAAAUCCGAGCCAACGAGGUGUCCGGCCGUCCUCUCGCCCUUCCUCGACUCCUCGAAACGCUCGAUGCUCAAUCUUUACGAUCCGUCCUUCAGACCAUAUGUGAACGGCAUCCUCAGAUCGGUGCGGAAGUGGUUUCGUCAGCGCCUCGACCCUCGGUAGCGGCAACCCUCGAAGUUUUGGCACAAUACCAGGAGAAGCUACGAGACGCAUUUCCUUUCGGCGGCAACACUGGUUCCGAUUAUGCAUACAACCGUGUUAGGCAACCUCUGAAUGAUCUGAUCAACGCCUUGACCGAUUUUACGCCUCAUUACCUUCCUCCUAACGAGAGUCAGACCACCGUAUCCCUCAACUUUCUCGAUAGUGCCACAAAGGUGGUCCACGAGCUUCCUGACUGGGACAGUAACUCUCACAAGCACCACAAGGAUAACGCCUAUGACGAAAUUUCUAGAGCUUGGGAGAUGGUGAUCAGUGAGGCCUCAAAGAAAGGUGGUGGAUUUCAACUACAUUCCGGUGGAUGGGAUCAGACACUCGCAAAACACAAUCACCAAAGUGGAGGACGUAUGCAAGUCGCUGUCAACGCACUUGGCUCUAACCUAGGAUGGAUGGGGGGAAACAUGAAUACCAACAAUACGGUGUCUAACGAUCGGGAAUCUAUCCGCAAUCAAUUACUAUCCGGCAGCUAUGGCACAAACUUGCCAGUAGGUGCAGGAUGGUAGAUAUGGUUGAGGAAUAGCAUUUAUAGGCACGGGGAAUAUGACACAGUCAAUAAGGGAACGCACCUACACACUGGGAGAGGAGCUUGUCAUUUUGAGCGGUAUAGAGGUGGUAGCUACACGGCGUCUUGAUUUUGAGAUACCAGUCAUUGGCCGUAUCAGUCACGAUUACGACGAUUUUUUUUUACGAACAACUCGCACACAUUGUUUCCUUUGCUUCGGCAUGAUUGGGAGUUUGGGGGACUCUGCAUUCUUCUACUUUAUCCUGCAUUGGGCC